CGUUAAUCUCAGCUUGAGAACCCCUAAAAUCGUGAUUGCCGGUUUGAGAAUUUCUAUCUCUCUGCCCGUAUUUCACCACACUUCCCCCCCUCAAACUUUGGAUUGAUCGACAUCCCCUACCUACUCUCUUCAGUAAGUGGGAGGAGCAGGACGCAGCUCUCUUUCGCUGCCUAAGGCCAUCUAGUGUAGACUCCUCAGGCACCUCCCGACCCGCACGUCCACUCAACCUCGCUUUCUCUGCCCGUCAUUCACACCCAUCGGAACUUCCAUCCUGUGCCACGAAGCAACAUCCUCCUCAUUGCCAUCGGUCUCUGCUCUUCCGCUGCCAGAAUCCGUCGCUCUGUUGCACGUCUCACGAUUGUUUUCCAUCAAUUUUGGCUUCGACUUUGCUUUUAUUCUGUUGCAAAUAAUAAAAAUUUGUCGCUCGCCUUCAGAUCAAAUGAUCGCGUCUCCUAGAUGACCUUCCCUCCCCCUCCUCCUUCCUCCCAAUCGUCGAUUGCUUCUGGCACCGAUAAAUCCUCUUCGACCAGGCCGGCAAGGUCACAGCAAUCUCCUUGGGGUCCGUCCGUGUCCCAGUCUAGUGUUCGGCGUGGGUUGACUCCACUUGCGACCAACAACCUCUCCUCACUCGCCUCAGCUUCUCGGGGGCCACCUCAGUCCAACAGUCCUGGUCCAGGUGGUUCAACCGCGUCUCCUUUGACUUCCUCCUUUUCCGCCGUUCUGAGCUCCGCUAGGGGCCAUCCUGUUGGUCGGAACGUACCCUCGCCAGCCUCCACGCCCUCACCGUUCGCCUCCUUUCAAUCUGGCUCGCAACAGCACCAACAACCUGGGCAGUCUCUCUCCUCACCUAAAUUCAGAGCUCACACCCCGUCUUCAGGGUCACAUCUGGCUUCCGCAGCGGGUUCUGUCGCGGGUGGAGGAGGCUCCGGGGGAGGCGGAGGUGGGACGGGAUCUUCCAGAGGCGCCACCUUCUCUCCGUUGUUGUCCGGUACAACCGUGAACUCACCUACGGGAUUUCCCUCUGACAAGCCGGGAUCGGCAGCUUCAGGCUCUGCUGCGCACGCGAGCCAGUCGUCGUUGACGAAGAUAUCAGUCGCACAGGUUUUCCUGCUCCUAGAUUCUAUCACAGAGAAAGAGGGUAGAGAAAAGUGGGAGACCAAAGCUGCUCAAAUUCAUAAGCUUGUUGAGUCGAACGGAAUGGAGGUCUUUUCCAAAUACUUUCGCCGCUUGCUUACGGGCAAUGCCCCGCAGAUUUUCCCCGGGGUCAACAAGUCCGUGGAAAAUGCUGGCAAUUAUCCGCUCCUAGUUCAGGAGAUGCAAAAAGUGUCUCAGGAUAUAGAACAGGCCCAGAAGAUCGCAGAGACGGUAGAUACAUCCGAGGGAGAUAUCUUCCGCGAUUUUGAUCUCUCCACAUUUUUGGAUCACUUCAAACUCGAUCCUCUUGUGAAGGUUUCUCUCGCGCUGGCCUUCAAAACCGCUAAUAAGUCGGACUUGCGUGCUAAAGCUGAUGCGAUAAUUUCCAAUUCCAUAACACCGUUCCUGCAAAGUCUGGCGACGCUGUCUGAUGUCAGCAAGGAUUACAAGAAUUCUUUCAUUGGCAUGACUAUCGAGCGGUUCAUACUGUAUCCGCCUAGGAAUUUCACAGAUGAAGUGAAGGGGAAAUUGGUGUAUGCGGCGAACUUGCGCUAUCAGAAGCUGGGCGUGGACAUGCCAUUUGAGGUUGCGUCUGCUCUUCAAAUGUUUAAUUUCAUUAACCCCAGGUAUACCCUUGUCCGCCAACUUCACUCAAGAGGACCGAAAGCAACCUCAAAUGCCGACGCCGUCACUGAGACGAUAAACUCAACUGGGUCCGAGUGCUGGGGCGAAGAGCAUAUUGCCAGUGCGCUGCUUUUCCUUGUGCUCUCUCAGCAUUGGCGCGAGUUCUCUCUGGAGACAUUCCUCGGGGCUGUUCAGGCACACUAUGGCGAGAAGCGAAUCAACUGGUCUCUUAUCUUCCGGAGCUUCGACCGUGAGGGCUUGAGGCUUGAUACUCGACAAUUCGCAAAGCUGUAUGCGGUCCUGUUGGCUGCUGCUACGGAUGACCCAUCCCUGGAUAUUCAGAAGCUUUGGGGUGGUGAUUGGGAGCAUCGUGAUACACAGAUGUCCUUCCUGACUGCUUUCAUUGCUUCCAGGACAGAUGUAUCCCAAAUCCCCAACCUACGUGCCACCUUUCCCUCCGACUUCUUCGCCGAUGGUCCCGAGCUCGUUCGCUUGCAAGGCGAACGUGCUGCAAAGUCACCACUCCGGUCCUUGGACGCUAUGAGAGCCAUAUUCGAUCUGGCAUUGUUUUCCCAAGCAUCUUGGGCCGCCGCGGAGAGCCAACUGAUGAUCAAGGCGGUUGUUCAGUACGAUCUACCCGUUUUCUUGUGCUCGGCUCUCUCUCUCCCUCAGCCUUGGACUAGUGUGCAGCAGAGCUUUGUCCUUCGAACUUUGAUAGUUUUCAUACUCAAACAAGAGGAAGGAUAUCAUUUGGCACUGCAUGGGGCCUGGCAUCAAGAUCGGCAGUGGGUAGCAGAGCAACUCUUCACAACUUUCACGCAGGACCCGACAUCUACUGCUGCCAUCUAUGAACAUGCUGUCGAGUUUGGUUGGCUCGACUAUCUCCUGGGAUAUACGAAUGGUCUCGCUAUGGAUCUUGCUUGCUACGCUCAUCGUAAAGGGCCCUUCGACCUGGAACAAUGGGUUCGUAAUGCGGCACAGAAAGGCCCUAUGGAUAUGGGAAGCCUACUAUCCAAGUUCCUGAGGAUUAAGGCAGAAGACGAGCUUCACGUCCAACGGAAGGAACAGUCGGCUCCCCAGAUGGUUAGUCUUGCGGUCAAAACGGUGUUCACGUUGCUGUCAGUUCUCGAAGAAUAUGUCGGUGACCGCGAAAAUCUUACUCCUGUCCAACGGAUAUGCAUUCAGACUUAUCCGCGACUCAUCAACUACGGAGAAGGUUUCGACGACAUCAUUGACACCAACGGGGAAAACGGAAAUUCGUUGCCUGAGGCAGUUGAUAAGCAGAUGCAAGAGCUUUUCGGCAAGAUGUAUCACGAGGAGCUCUCACUCAGGGAAAUCCUUGAACUGAUGAGAAGAUACAAGUCCUCCCGUGAACCAGCCGAGCAGGACCUAUUCGCUUGUAUGGUGCAUGGUCUUAUUGACGAAUACCAUUGCUACCAUGAAUAUCCCCUGGAGGCACUUACCAAAACAGCUGUGAUGUUUGGUGGCAUCAUCAACUUCCGGCUAGUGGACGGAAUUACCUUGAAGGUCGGCUUGGGCAUGAUUCUGGAGGCAGUGCGUGAUCACGAAAUGCAUGAUCCUAUGUACAAGUUCGGUGUCGAGGCGAUUGAGCAGUUGAUCAACCGUCUUCCUGAAUGGGCUGGCUUCUGCCACCUGCUCCUACAAAUCCCAACCCUGCAGGGCACUACGAUCUACCAGAAAGCCGAGGAAGUUCUGCGUGAGCAAGGGAGUCAAGUUAGGGAUGAGCCUGGAAGAGCGGACAGUAUUCCGGGUGCUGCCGUGAAUGGGAACGUUGACGAGAACGCGACCGCGGAUGGAUCGACUCGUAAAUUUGUUUCCGUUCAUGUUGAUCCGCUUCUCAGACCUGAGGUCUAUCGUGAUCCUGAUGAAGAUGUCCAAGACAAGAUUCUCUUCGUAUUGAACAACGUGUCUGAACAAAACAUUGAUGAGAAGCUGCGUGAUCUCACGGAUGUUCUUCGUGACCAACACCAUCAAUGGUUCGCGUCUUACCUCGUGGAGGAACGUGCGAAAUUGCAGCCGAAUUUCCAGCAGCUCUACCUUGACCUGCUGGACCGUAUCAAUGACAAGCUGUUAUGGGCGGAAGUUCUAAGGGAAACCUAUGUCAGUGUAUCCAAGCUUCUGAACUCCGAAGCUACAAUCAACUCAUCCACCGAUCGCGGUCAUCUCAAGAACCUCGGUGCAUGGCUUGGAUCUUUGACCAUAGCCAAGGACAAGCCCAUCAAACAUAAGAAUGUCUACUUCAAGGGACUUCUCUUGGAGGGAUUUGAUAGCCAGCGCCUGACUAUCGUGAUUCCUUUCACAUGCAAGGUGCUCGUUCAAGCCACCAAGUCCACGGUGUUUAACCCUCCCAAUCCUUGGCUGAUGGACAUCCUUGCAUUGCUCAUGGAACUGUAUCAUUUCGCUGAACUCAAGUUGAACUUGAAGUUCGAAAUUGAAGUCCUGUGCAAGGACCUCGACCUCGAUCACAAGACCAUUGAGCCCUCUGUCAUCAUCCGUGACCGCUCUGCUCACAUCGAAGAUGCGCUGUCUACGGCCAAUAUUCCAGAUGGUCUGGAGGCGUUCGAGGACAUGACUCUCACAAGCAUCAAUCAAGGAAUCCGCCACGAGCGAUUGUCGCCCGCUGCCAUUAUGUCGACUCUCCCGAGCUUGGACAAGAUCCUUGUACUCCCGUCGUCUGCCAGCAGCAUGGUGGACCCGAAUGUCCUUCGGCAGAUAGUGCACAGUGCGGUCGAGCGUGCCAUCGCGGAAAUUAUCACUCCCGUUGUGGAACGCUCAGUUACCAUCGCAUCUAUCUCCACCGUCCAACUGGUGUCGAAGGACUUCGCAAUGGAGCCUGAUGAGGAAAGAGUGCGUCAUGCGGCUGGCAUAAUGGUUAGGCAACUGGCUGGUAGCCUGGCUCUUGUGACCUGUAAGGAACCGCUCAAGGUGAGCAUGACCAAUUACAUUCGCAUGAUCCAGCAAGAGUAUUCCGAUCAGCCAAUGCCUGAGGGGUUGAUUCUCAUGUGUGUCAACGAUAACCUCGAUGCUGCUUGCGGUAUCGUUGAGAAGGCCGCAGAGGAGAAGUCUCUUCCUGAGAUCGAGAAGGUUAUCGAACCCCAGUUGGAAGCUCGUCGGCGUCACAGGGCGGCCCGGCCCAAUGAGCCUUUCAUUGACCCAUCAAUGAAUCGCUGGGGCCUUUUCAUCCCCGAGCCUUACCGACAGGCUGCAGGAGGGUUGAACAAAGAGCAACUGGCAAUUUAUGAGGAAUUUGCCCGUCAAGCCCGUGGCCCGGCAGCGGCCCACGUUCAGAAUGUUUCCACCGAUUCUGGUCGACAGCUUCCAGAUGUUCUUCAGGAACCAUAUUCGCCUAUUCCCAAUCUCUCUACUCCUGCAGAACAGCCAGCUGUACCCCAUAGGACACCACAAGCCCAGCAAGAUGCUCGGUUACAGCAGACUGGUCUUGUCGGCGCACAGUCUCAGCUCAAUGGCUUCCUUGAGGCACAAAGCCCGCGUGAGAAGGUCGAGAGCAUAGUUUCCGAGUUACAGCAGGCAGCUCGGAACGCUCCUGAAGAGCGCAUCCGGGACCUUGGCAGGGAGAGUGCUGUCCUCCAAGAGUACAACCAAGCACUUCGCACUAUCCUUGCCUCUCCCAACGGUGAAGAACUCGCUCGUCUCACUGGCCUCAGAAUCUGUACGACUCUGUAUUCGCAGACACCCGGGACAUUAGAGAUUGAAGUCCUCGCACACUUGCUUGCGAAACUGUGCGAUAUGUCCACUCUUGUGGCCCGCUACACCUGGGCCAUACUUUCUGAGGUUGACGACGAGCACAUGUUCAACGUGCCAGUCACGGUUGCACUCAUUGAUGUCGGACUACUGGAUAUUCGUCGAGUUGACAUGAUCUUGACACGUCUUAUUCUGCAAAAGAACACUGCUGCCCUGGAUGUCCUCUCCAACCUCAUGGACCGUGUUCUCUUCAGCGAGGAACCCUCUGCUCUAAGAUCUGACUUCUCGGGUAGUCUUGAAGCCAUGAGCCAAUGGCUUGCGGAAGAUUCGGACGUUACUGUGGCCAACGACAUCAUUCGCAAGCUGCGUGAAUCCGGCAUUCCCGAAGUCGUCAACCCCCUACUCAGUGACAAGGCCAGGUCCAAGCGUGACCAGAUGGAGUAUAUCUUCAGCGAGUGGAUUGGUAUCUACAAGGCUCCCGGUGCCAUUGAUCGCACCUACUAUUCUUUCCUCAAGGAUCUGCAUCAGCGACAGGUCAUGGACAACCAAGAAGACUCGGCACUCUUCUUCCGCCUUAGCAUCGACAUCUCGGUUGCAAUGUUCGAUCACGAGUCACAGAACCCUAGUGGAAGUCUCGAUGAGGCUUUCCUCUACAUCGAUGCCCUUGGCAAGCUGGUUGUCUUACUUGUCAAGUUCCAAGGCGAGUCUACAGGAGCUGCCAAGACAAGCAAGGCAGCCUUCUUCAAUUCUACCCUCUCACUGCUUGUGCUUGUCCUGAACCACCACCAUGUCAUGAGAGGCGAGGCCUUCAAUCAGCGUGUCUUCUUCAGGCUAUUCUCCAGCAUUCUGUGUGAAUAUUCCAUGAACGGGCUUCAGCAAAGCGAUCAGCAUCAGGACAUGAUGUUCGCCUUUGCUAACAAGUUUCUGUCUCUUCAGCCCAAGUACUGCCCAGGAUUCGUUUACGGGUGGCUGUCGUUGGUCUCUCACAGAUUCUUUAUGUCCGGUAUGCUGAACAUGCCGGAGCGGGCGGGCUGGGGACCGUACUGCGAAAUCAUGCAGGCGCUGCUCUCUUACAUUGGCGAGCAGCUCAAGCCGGCCAGCAUUUCAUACGUUGCUAAGGACUUGUACAAGGGUGUUCUUCGCAUCUUGCUGAUCUUGCAUCACGAUUUCCCUGAGUUCGUGGCAGAGAAUCACUUCCAGUUCUGUAACGUCAUCCCUGCUCAUUGCGCUCAGCUUCGGAACCUGGUCCUGAGUGCUUAUCCGUCGUCCUUCCACAAACUCCCGGACCCGUUCAGGGAGGGGUUGAAGGUUGAGCGUCUGGAAGAAAUGCGGGAAGCCCCCAGAAUCGCCGGUGAUACUGCAGGUCCGCUGGAACAGGCCAACAUCAAGAGUGCUGUCGACAGUGCACUCCAGAGCACCAAUGCAUCUGACUCGGUCAUUCAGCAGAUCUCCGAUGCCGUGUACAAUCCUCCCACCAAGGAAACCGGCCCCUACUAUACGCCGAUUAACGUCAACAUGGUCCUUUUGAACGCGCUUGUACUUUACAUCGGUCAGAGCGCCGUGUCUGCAAAUGCGACCAAGGGCAACAUUCGCGCGGCCUUUGACAAUUCCCCUCACUCGACGCUUCUCGAGAAGCUAGCAAAGGCCUUCCGGCCUGAGGCGCGGUACUAUCUCCUGAGCGGCAUGGCCAAUCAGCUCCGCUACCCCAACAGCCAUACCUACUUCUUUAGCUUCGCCAUUCUCCGCCUGUUCGGCACCGACUACUCGGAGCAGGACGAUUCUGACAUUCGUCAGCAAAUCAUCCGGGUGCUUCUCGAGAGGCUUAUUGUCCACCGCCCUCACCCAUGGGGUCUCAUCAUUACCCUGCAGGAGCUGCUUCAGAACCGGAGCUACACCUUCUUCCGUCUUCCGUUUAUUCAGGCUGCGCCUGAGAUCGGCCGUCUGUUCGAUGCUCUCCUGCAGCACAUCCAGCAACAGAGCCCGCGGGCCAUGGCUUGAGUGAUCGCCAACCUAUACUCUCUCCUCUAUCUUCUUCCACUAUAUUAAUACGAAGUAUUUGAUCAUGUUUCCAUGCCUUGCAUUCAGCCGCGAUGACCGACUCUGAUGGUGUUCUAUCGAUGCCGCUCAUGACAAUGCAGCGCAAAAAUACGGGUCUUUACCGGGGUGUAUGAUCUGAAGGGUUUCUACGUUUGCUUUGCUUUCCGUUGGCAUGCUGUAUUGUUCUAUGUUUCUAUUCUCAUUGUUUCGGUUGGGUUUCUGGGCGGGGUAUGCAUAUUAGGACGUGUUAGCAUGGUCCAUCGCUACAUGGUGCUUAUAUCUUGUUCCUUUCUGCUCGUGUCUCUUACGCUUCAUGUUGGUGUUUUUUUCUUAUCCAUUCCAUCUACCACAUCGGUAGUCUGUAACGAUAAGUUUAUCCUAAAAAAGAUGAGUCCAUGAG